GUCUCGCCUCUCUCUCUUUCUCACCUCGUCGCGCCUCUCUCUCUUUCUCACCUCGUCGCGGCGCGCCUCUCUCUUCGUCGAUCGUCGCCUCUCUCCGUUCGUCGACCGCCUCUCUCCGUUCGUCGACCGCCUCUCUGCCGCCUCUCUCUUUCUCUCUCUAAGAAGCAGCUCGUCAUUAAGCUCAAUAAAGGGUAGCUCAACUGGUAAAGGCCUGAGGACAGAGUCCUUCAGUUCGAGCCCCAGUAGAGCCACUGGAGACAUUACAAACUGGCCGCGUCUCCAGGGCCCCGUGUAACUAAUUGUGAUGCACCCGCCUUGAAACAGCGGGACUCGGUGGGUACAGCUAGUCGGAUUCGCAAAGCGAUACCCGAAAACUACGGCAAAAAAAAGGUCCCAUAAUGGGUGUGGAACCGCAAAAAGACCAACCGAAAGAGAUGGACUGGAAAACUCUGGGUGGAACGGGGAGUAGUGAGGCUAAUGUUGGACCAGCUGUGAAGAAACGGCUUCCAAAAAGGAUUCGACAAGUUCCUGAGUAUUAUUUUCUUCCACGAAGAUCCUUACCAUACUCCAUCGCCUUUUAUGGGUCGUUUAUUGCUGCAGGUGUUGGUGCAGGAAUGCUACUCGAAGCAUGGAUCAACAAGAAGAGGAUGGAGGAGUCAUUUGGGAGUUCGACAAGUGAACGAUGUGUUCUUUUCAUGUUUGGAUUGCUACCGCUUUUGCCUCAAGGAGUUCACUGAAGAUGAAUAGCAUAACCAUUACUACAUGAUGAUAAAUGCUUCUUCAGCAUCCAAUUCAACUUGUAGGUUGUAAUAUUUCAGGUGCACAGUGCAGAACAGAUGUGUUGAAUUUGGCAAACAAUACUAAAACAUUAGGUCGUAUUUUUACCUUAAUAGCUUAACCUUUGAAUAAAUAGAGAGGUCAGGCAAGUGGCCUUCCUAUGAAUAUACCCUGAUACUGAAUAGUUUCGGAAACAACAUCUCUACCUCCACGAGCUAGGUGUAAGGUAUUCGUACACUCUACUAUUUCUGGACCCUGCAUGUGGGACCAACGGGUAUGUUGUUGAACACUGAAUGAACAGGUAUAGUAAUAUUGGAUAUGGAGCAA